AUGGAGGCCAUUGGUGCUGCUGCCAGCGGCAUAGCCCUGGGCCAGCUGUGCAUAGGCAUCUCCAAGGCCGUCCACCUCUGGCACUCGAUCGAAGAUCUCCCCGUAGACAUCCAAGAUGCCGUCGACCGCCUCGAGGCCUUGGGUCCCGUCCUGGAAGACAUGUUCACCAUGAUCUCUAGCUCCGAAGACGACUACGGCGGUCCGGAUCCGAGUCUCCAAGUACCGGCUCGGCACGCGAGGGCAUGCAUUGCAUACGCCACCAAGGCGCACCACGCGCUCAAGGAUAUGGUCGAGAAGCUAAAGACUGCUACGCAUAAACCGCCGAAAGCGAGUGUCCAUGGCCGUGCGAAGCGGAAGCUGAGACUUGCUUGGGCUGGGUUGAAGCGUGAUGAUGUGGUCAAGCUGGAACGGAGGCUGGAUUCGGCUGUUGGGAUGGUUCUUAUGUGUGUUGGGUCUUACGAGAGGGCGAUGAUACAAGCAUCUCAUGGUAGAAUAGCCGAAAAUAUGGCCGCGAAGGUAGUGAAAAGUCAGAGGAAGCUACAUGAGGCGAGCGAGGAGAGAAUUGCGCAAAAGGUAUCGCACGAUGUGUCGGAACAACUAGAGAGAUUGGCGAAACAACUUCAAGCGCCGGAAAAUAGCCGCGAGAAAGAGGAAGAAAGUCCAAAGUAUGUCAUUGUCAGGUCAAAAGCGGCCUGGAUGGGAGCGAAACUACCGUCGUAUCAACCCACUGCGAGGGGCCAGCUCGCGACCGUUUGCUCGAGAGAACAGAGCGAAUGGGGCCUAUCUGUCCAGUUCCCAGCUUGGAUAUCCCGAGCUGUGUGGCAGAUACAGAUCAGUUGGAGUAUGACUGGCGGGUGGCAGCAGAGUCUGCGCUCAUUCAGCGUCAGGCCGACAGAUAGCGACAUCUUUGUGGCCGUGGGGAGGGGCAAUGUGACAAGCAUGAUGGCCAUGUUCAGUAAAGGGGACGCAUCGCCGCUCGAUAGAGACGAAGACGGUGGGUCUCUACUAUAUGUUAGUUCUGAAGCCCCUGCCUUGAACGUCCUUUGGAAAGUUAACGUUGCGUUGCAGUAUGCUACUUUCAGAGAGCAAGUCGAAGUAUGCCGGACGCUUCUAGACCUUGGCCUCGAAGAUCUUAUAGAUGAUGGUGGCGGGUCAAACAAUCUCGUUUCUCUUUUUCAGUCCCGCAGCGCUAACGUACCGACCCUCAACAUAGAGCGUAUGUUUGACUUCAACAACGAAAACUCCUAUAGCGACGACUGGCUGCGCAUCUUCCAGAAUAAGUUUCUCCCGGGCUAUCACCAACUUCCGUUGCGAGACCGCGCAGAGGCCGUUCGAUUGGGAGCGUUCAUAGUGCUUAGCCUUGAUACCUACAGGCACCUGCUGAGAGAAGACGAAAGAGUGCUUAUAACAGCGGAGGAGAUUAGCGGCUCGGCGGAGGUCGGAUUUUCACUAGUUCACUCUGACGCCAUCGCCAUGGGGAAAAGGUUUGCGGACGAGGUGUCUUACGGCGAGCAUCUUCGUUGUGAGGAAGAGAACGACCAUGCAUCAGAGGAUGAAGAUGACGAAGAAGAAUCUAAGGAAAAGAGGAGAAGGGCCAUGCCUCGUUUCCACCCGUACGACGACACAUGGAGACACUCGGUCAGCGAGACCCUCAGAGCCGCGGAUCGAAUACACUUGCACAGAGUUGAGACCAUCGUUCCUUGGGACGGGUACCGGGUUCCAGUCUGGACAGGCACGCCGUUACUCUCAGUCAUCGGCGGGACCCUCUGCCGCAUCUCGCCCAUAGUUCCAUGGGAUGAGUGGGACGAUGUCUUCCGAAGGGUCUUACGACAGUGGCUGAGGGCCAUACGAGACGCCGGCAUCGAUCUGUUACAAUACGGUAUAGAUGAGAUGCGAACGCUGGAUUCCGCCACCGCUGCUGACCUUAGAGGGGCGUUUGGCGCCGAAGCCAUUGUGGCCUCGCGAAGACAUGUGCGCAACCCACUCAAGAGGAGAGAGUCGUGGAUGAGAGCGGCAGACCGAGAGCAUUCGGGGAAUGAUCUUUACUGGAUUCCCGUGCGCGUUAUCGGCUUGAGUUAUGGGUCGCGACUCGACGACUGGAGGCUUUGGUGGGCGCCAGAGUUCGAGGCAUUCGCUGCCGAUUUCUGGGCUCUUGUUGAUCGGCCGAGACCAGUCAUGCCAGGCAGCUGGAGAUGGGGCCGGAUCAUGCACCAGGGUGGAGAAACCUACCCCUCGCCGGUCCCUCAGGAGCUGAUUGCCGUUGCCCGUGGAGAUUCGCUCGCUCGUAGCUCUCAGCAGACAUCGCAUCGUGCAAUGGAGUCGGGAGAAGCAGACAUCCGCCCUCCUGGCAAGGCAGGCUCCUGGUACUUGGGCGACCCCAAGGAACUCAGGGAGCAUCUCGAUGGAUUCCUUUCCGAUGUGCCCGAUCAAAUCGACGGAACCGAACUACCGGUCCCUGGCGCUCGAGUCAUCAUUGCCCCCCACGCCGGGUACGAUUACUCAGGUGCCACGGCAGCCUGGGCCUACAAGGCCCUCGACCUCAGCAAAGCGAAACGCGUAUUCAUUCUCGGGCCCUCUCAUACCUUCUACUUAGUAGGCUGCGCUGUCAGCGAGUAUGAGAAGUAUGGUACACCUUGGGGGAGCCUCAAAGUGGACGAGAAGGUCACAUCUCAACUCUUCGAAGACCUUGAAAUCCCUGCGAUUCCGAGAAAAUACGACAACGCGGAACACUCGUUGGAGAUGCACCUGCCGUACCUCUGGAUCCGGCUGGAACAAACCUUUGGCUCGCCCGAGAACUUUCCGCCCGUCGUACCGAUACUGAUCGGCGACAACAACAAGGCAGAAGAGAAGGAGGUGGGCAAGUGGCUUGCCGAGUACGUCAAGGACCCGGAGAACGCAUUCAUCGUCAGCUCAGACUUUUGUCACUGGGGCUGGCGUUUCGAUUAUCAGCCCUACUGCCCGGACGGGACACUCAACAGCAAGAAGAAGCUCUCCAGAUUCGACCCCACGCCCGACGGGCCGCCCAUUCACGAGACAAUCAAGAUGGUGGAUGACUUGGCGAUCGAGGCCAUCAAGACAGGGAAGCACAGCGAGUUCUGUGAUAGCAUCAAGCAGACCAAGAAUACAGUGUGCGGAAGGCACCCGAUCGGGGUGACAAUGGCGGCACUUGAGGAAUUGGGCGACCACCGGUUCACGUUCAUCCAAUACAACCGUAGCGAAUUGAUCCAGCGGCCAGGAGACAGUAGCGUAAGCUAUGUUUCGGCCUAUGCAGUGGUAUGA